GACCGGCCUACCCGUUCGGUCCCCCCUACCUUCCCUCUGUCUCCUGGCCGAGCCAUCGCCAGCGAUGAGGGAGUGAAUGCAGGAAGCCGGGAGUGCAGCUCAAGCAGGAGGGGAGGGAAGGGAAAGGAAGGGCACGGAACGGAACGGAGCUGGCACGGCAGGACUGUGGACAUUUGAACAGCACCAUGGCACAGACGCUACAGCUGGAGAUUGCCAACUUUGGGAACACUUUGCUGGAGUGCUUGAAUGAACAACGACUGCAGGGCCUCUACUGUGACACCUCCAUCAUAGUGAAGGGGCAGACGUUCAAGGCCCACCGGGCCGUGCUGGCCGCAAACAGCUCCUAUUUUCGGGACCUCUUUACUGGGACUGCGCGGGCAGCCUUUGAACUACCGGCAGCUGUGCAGCCACAGAGCUUCCAGAACAUUCUCAACUUCUGCUACACGGGCCGAUUGUCGAUGAAGGCAGGCGAGCAGUUCAUGCUGAUGUACACGGCGGGAUUCCUGCAGAUCCAACGUAUUGUUGAGAGGGGCACUGAGCUCCUGUCCAAGGUCAGCUCCCCCAGGUGUGACUCCCAGGGCCUGAGCGCGGAAGAACCUGGCUGGGAGCCUCAGAGCUCCGCCCCGCCACUCCCCCUGCCCCUUCCUCUGCUUCUCCCGUCCCGUGUCAAAGUGGAGCAGAGCGACCUGGGCUGUGGCCGGGGCAGGCGGGCCGCCGAGGGCUCCACGGCAAGCACUGCCAAGUUGGCCCGCCUGGCACACGAAGGAGGGAACGGGCAAGGCUGCCCUGCCAAUGCACCACGGGAAAUCGCCAGCCCUGGAGCCAGCAGCCUUCAUCCCAGUGACAGCCCCUUCUCCUGUCAGAACGAAGAGGAGGAGGAGGGGGAUGAGGAGGGGCUGGAGGACAUGACGGAAGAGCAGUAUGUCCAGAUGUGUAGCAUGUACAACAUCAUGAGCGUCCCACAUGGAGCCACUCCGGAGCGGGUGGAAGCCCUGCCUGAUCACAUCGAUGGGCGCUCCAGGAUGAGGAUCCGGCACGACCUGGCAGUGCUGCCAGCGGACCUCAUCAAUCAGAUUGGGUAUCGCUGCCAUCCAAAGCUGUACGUGGAGGGAGACCCUUCAGAGAAACUUGAGGUGGUGACAGGUACAAGUGUGUACAUCACAAGGGCUCAGUUAAUGAACUGCCACAUCUGUGCAGGAACGAGGCACAAAGUGUUGCUUCGGAGGCUGCUGGCUGCCUUUUUUGACCGAAACACUCUGGCUAACAGCUGUGGUACUGGAAUCCGUUCUUCCCUCUGCGACCCUAGUCGGAAGCCGCUCGAUAGCCGGAUUCUCAAUGCCAUCAAAGUUUACUGUCAGAGUUUUGCUCCGAACUUCAAGGAGAGUGAGAUGAAUGCCAUCGCUGCAGACAUGUGCACCAACGCUCGAAGGGUGGUCCGCAAGCGCUGGAUCCCCAAGCUCAAGCUGAGGCAGGCUGAGGGAGAUGGCGUCUAUCGCUCGGUCAUCACAGACGUGGCCGGUGGGUGUCUGCCAGAUGGAGCUUCUGGGAACCAGGACAUGGAGCUGGCAGGCAAUGGCCACAGGCAUGAAGCCAGUGGGAUGCGGGGCACUGGCACUCAUAGAUACGAGACAGGUUUCCCCGAAGGUUUGGAUGACUCCGGGAGUGGGAUUGUGGAGGCUCCAAACUAAGAGAUCCAACUUGUCACCCACCCCUUCCCCCUUGAGAAACCCAUGACGUAGGGAAUCUGUCAUGUUGUAGGGUUCUGUGUUUGGCCACUUUAUUUGAUCGGUGUUAGUGAUAAAGGACUGAGAACUGGAGAUUCAGUCUGUGCAAUGUCAGUGAAGGAGACACUCACACAAUGAUCCCAUGCAUUCUAGGCACAUAUUAUUUUGGAUAUAAUUGCCUAGUAAUUGGGUAUUACCUUUUUUUGGUGUGGUACACCAGCGUUGUGUUUCCCCACAAAGCACCAUGAAAUUAUCUAAGUCGUUUGAAGUACCCUGAGGGUGAUUUUCCCCCACAGACGGGGCUAGAACAGGACCCGUGUGGUUUCCGACGGCACCUGGCUCUCGGUUAACCACAGCUUCUGACAAUUUACUCAGCGCCAGUCCGCGACGGGCAGCGGGUUUCAAAGGCACGGUCCCCAUGGGAGGUAGACAACAGCAGCUUACGGUGGCUGCCAUGGACACAGAGGCUGCAGGGGAGAGAGGGAAUGCCCCUACAGUUAGUGGAAGAGAGCUGGACAUGGCCAUCAGUGCUGGGAGGGAAGCCCUGUGUGCCAUGGUCCAGGAAACGCCCCACUCCGAGACCGCAGACUGGCACGAGGUGGCUCCAGCCAUCUCCAGCUGUGAGAACUCCCACCCAGUUGAACAAAACACAAACAAGUUUCACGCCCUCACAAUAAUCAUCUGGUUGAGCUGCCCACUGGCCAGGAAUGUGCUGGCCUGGGAUUCAUUCAUUGUUCAGACAUCAAAGUAGGUGGGCCUGGACAGGGGAAACGCAAGGGCUUACUGUGUCACCUGGGCUGCCCUGGCAGGUGACUGGAAUAUGGCGUUAGUCUUUAGGAUUGGACUGCGGGCAUGUUGUAUCAGGAACUGAUCCUGCAGACUCAUCUUGUGAAGCAUCCCUCUCCCUGAGGUGGUCCAUAUUGCCCAAUCGGUUGAUGCCUCGGUAUUGUGAGUAAGUGUGUUCCCGCGGGACUUGCCCUCCUAGCCUUCCUCAUCCGUGUGAUCCUGCUGCUGAGCAUCAUAGCCCUCAAGCUUUGGGCUUCAUGCUGCUCUUCCUCCACUCCAAUACUGUCUUCAGACUGCUAGGUUUGGCAGUGUGCAGCAAACAGCAUGGAGGUAUCCUGGGCACGAACUGCAGGGUGGUCCUACAAACAUGGGCAUUGGAAUCUGAUUCCCAAAGACCUGGUUAUUUUCCACAGUGCUUCUGGUAUUUGUAGCAGCCCUGGGUAGUGGGUUGUGGGACUGUGAAUUGGUGCAAUGAGAGAGGAGAUUCAAGGGUAUUUGAAUCAACUUCUGUGAACUUAACUUCCAGUUAGAGAACAGCCUAUGCAUAUUGAGUGGCAAAACUCAUCCCACAGAGCUUGGCAUGUCCCAGUGACAAUCCUUGGCAAACCUGAGUUUGUGAAUGCACCAUCAA